AUGAAUAUAGUAGUUUGGAACUGUAGGGGUGCUCUGAAGCCCAAUUUUCAGAGUCAUGUGCAGGAGCUUGUUCGGUGUCAUGAUCCGACUUUGUUAGUGGUUAUGGAGACCCGUGUGGGUGGAGAUAGAGCUCGUGAUGUAACUGAUCGGCUCCCAUUUAACGGUGUAUUUCAUACUGAAACGAUUGGCCAGAAAGGGGGGCUAUGGCUUCUCUGGUAUUCAGAUAGAGUGGAGGUGGAGCUGCUAGCAAGUUCUAAGCAAGAAAUUCAUGCUACAGUCAAGGUUCGUACCUCUAAUUAUAAAUGGUUGUUCUCUGCUGUCUAUGCUAGUCUUAGGAGUGCGGAAAGGCAUAUUUUGUGGAAUAAUUUAUCGAAUGUAGCUGAGUUGCAUAACAUGCUAUGGGUUAUUGCUGGGGAUUUUAAUGAACCUCUCUUUGGUGAUGAUAAGUUUGGAGGUAGAGUGGUUAGUUCAAACCGGUCUUUAUUGUUUAAAGAAUGCUUGGAUGAUUGUAAUAUGGUGGAUUUAGGCUUCUCUGGUCCAAGGUUCACGUGGACUAAUCGAAGAGAAGUGCAAAAUCUCAUCCAAGAGAGAAUCGACAGAUUCUUUGUCAACCCGGAGUGGUGUGUCCUUUUUCCAGAAGCAAGAAUAACGGAUCUCACUAGAUUUCACUCCAAUCAUUGCCCGGUCCUUCUUGAAACUAAACCGCAGAACAGGGUGCGACUAAACCGCCCUUUCAAGUUUCAAAAGUUCUGGCUAGCAGAUAUGUCCUUUCCCAGGGUGGUAGAUCAGGCCUGGAAUCAGUCUUCUCAUCUUGAGGAGGCUAUUGAUAAAUUUAUGGUUAAGGCCAAUGAUUGGAAUAGAGAUCAGUUUGGAAAUAUUUUUUUUUAA